GCAGCGAGGAAGCAGCGACCGGAAACGAUGGACAAGCCGUUGCACUGGAUCGUGAUAUUGCAGCUGUCGUCCGCGUUCGCUUAUACGCAGGAUCCUUGGUAUCGCGGGGAUACGAAGCGUCCGGUGGACGUGAUCACCGACGUCGUCAACGAUCUCGGGGUGAAGAUCCUUCAGCAGUAUUCGAAUCAUGGGAACGUGGCGUUCUCGCCCACGGGGGUUGCCUUCGUGUUGGCUGCGCUCUACGAAGGAUCCGCUGGUAGAGGAAGCCAGCAGAUCCUCGACGCCAUGGGGUUACCAGCCAACCGGGACGUCACCAGGAUCGGCUUCAGGGAUAUUCAUCGACGAUUGAGAAGCUACCUGAACGCCGAUGGGUUCUUGGGCGGGCUGACGCUGAGCCGAGAGAACACCAGGCUCCGGCCCGAGUACGAGGACGUUCUCAGGUUUUACGGCUUCGACCUGUCGAGCAUCGAGCAGGAGGCGAAUGUUACCGUUAGCGUGGAGGACGCGUCGACCGAGCCGUCGACUUCCACGGUCGACUUAACUUCGCUCCCGGUCGAGACGACAACCGGGAGGAGUGCGACGGACACGACGACGGCCACGACGACGAUGUUAACCACGGAUGCCGCCGCGACGCCCGCCCUUGCCUCGGCUGCCGCGGAAACGACGACCGUCCCGUCGACCGCAACAGCGGCCGCCACUCAGCAAACUGUCACGAUACCCUUGACUGCCGACGUGCCAACAACACCGGCCCCAAUUCCCGGAGCAGUUUCUCAAAACACUCCGACGCAGCCCGCGAAUUCGCUGACCACCGUUACUUCCGACGAAAGUGCCCAGCCGCCGCCCACCGGCGCGGAAAACGUCACGCCGAAUACGACGCCGACGAACACCGGACAGGCCUCGACGCCCUCGACGGACAGCCAGGCUAGUUCGAGCACGGUGAUUAUGAUUGUACUCGCCGGCAAUCAGAGUACCCAAAUGCCUACGGUCGCCGGUGAUACUGCGACGAACGAGUCUGCCGGCUCGACAGAGUCGGACAUAGGAAGUAUGAAUUCGAACGUGCCGACGACGACGAUUCAGACGCCGAGCGGCGAAUUCGGCACGACGAUGCCGACGACGAGCCGCGACACCGAGGUUCCCUCCACAGAGAUGCCGGUCGCGACGACGAGCACCGAGCAACCGAUGGCCAGCACGACGAACGCGACCGUUACGACCGGCGAGAUCUCGAAUACCGCUACCUUGAAUUCUCCGGCUCCCAUGACACCGAUUACUCCCGAUACCGCGAACGUGACCAUCCCGAAUCCCGGCGCGAUGACGGAUAACAGCAUCGUCCCGAGCACCGAGCCGUCCACGACGACGAGCACUCCGGCCGGAGAUGAUGCCUCAGGAACGACUGCCGCGAUCGAUCUUAUGACGAUGACCAGUGCCGAUGGCGGUACCACACCACCGGUUAGUCCCGAGGGACCAGAAGCGACAACAAUGGUAUCACCACCUGUGCCGGUGAACGGGACCUCGGGAGACCCCGCCGUAAACUCGAACAGUUCCACCGUAGCGAGCACCGCCGCGUCGAUUGAUAAUCAGACGGUCGCGUCUCCUCUCGUCGACGAGAAUACCGUCGCGAUCAGCCGGAAGAAGAAAUCGAUCGGGAGCGGAGUUACCGGAUCGAAGAUGAGGGACGCAACGGACGACAAUACCGUUAAAGGCGAGUCGACGGACGAUAAGCCGGCGGACCGACGCGUACGUAGAACGAGGAACCCGCGCGGAUACUUUUCCAGUUAUCCAGACGAAGGCAUCUGGAUGCAAGAUUUAGACAUUUGGAAAUCGUACAGCACGCUGAGCCCGAGAGAAUCUGCCGAAGAUUCUACGUCGGAAAUAGCGUUUCUGGUGAACGGUUGCGACGUUUAUUCAGUGUCAGGCUCCAGAUACAUCGCCGUGCUGCCUUUCGCGUACUUCCCGUCGUUGCACGCUGUCGCGCUCGAGUUUCCUCUGGACGAUCCGCGAUACAAUAUCAUACUCCUGAUGCCAACGGAUAGAACGGACACGCAUCGCCUGGCGAGGGAUCUCAGCGGGAAGUCGUUGAGAUCGUUGAGGAAGCGAUUACAACCUACUUGGGUCAGGGCCACCAUACCUUCGUUCAUGUUGCGCGGUUUUGUCACACUGACGUCAUUUUUACAGAGGUUGGGAAUCUCGGACGUAUUCGAGCCGAGGGUGGCCGAUUUAUCACCCAUGACAGCCGAUCUCGGCGUAUACGCCAGGGACGUGCAACAGAGUAUAGGGGUCAAUAUAAGGAAUUAUAUGAAACCCGACCGAACCCAUUCUCGUAACGGUCUGUUCGAGAGAGCCGGUCCGGUGCCUUUCACGGUGAUGCAUCCCUUCCUCUACUUCAUCGUCGAUACCGAGACUUCGGUGAGUCUAAUCGCCGGUCGAGUGGACGACCCGCUUAAUUCGAGAAUAUUGUAGGAACGUAUCUACGGUGCUUGAGAUUUAAAUAAACACUCGUUU